AUGGUUGUGAUGACUUUUUGUUCUUUUCUCUCUAACUCGUCGUCCGACAAAGGUCUCGAGAGAGGUUUAACCAAGGCUUUGAAGAAAUUGGAUGACUACCUUAGAAAUCCUUUGCCAGAAGAGAUAGAUUCAGGCAGCAUGGAGGAAGAUAAGGUGUCCAAACGCAACUUCCUGGACGGGGAUGAGCUGACCCUGGCGGACUGUAAUCUGCUGCCCAAACUCCACGUGGUCAAGAUUGUGACAAAGAAAUAUCGAAACUAUGAGUUCCCAGCAGAGAUGACAGGACUUUGGCGAUACCUGAAGAAUGCCUACGCCCGGGAUGAAUUUGUCAAUACUUGCGCCGCUGACAAAGAAAUUGAAAUAGCAUAUGCAGAUGUAGCCAAACGGCUCAGCAGAUCCUAAUCAAAAUCUACACGACCUGUUUCUGCAGAGAGAGGAUCCCCACUUCACAUUCUUCUUCGUGAGGCCUUCGAAUACAUCUAAUAUAAUGCAUAAUAUCAUAUAAUUACACUAUCUGGGUGGCAUCUUUAUAAUUUCUACUGCUCAAUUUUGACAGCUAGAAAUAGAUAUGCCUCUUCCUGGAAUAAAAUGUAAGGCAGUCGCAGUGUUGGGCACAAAACAUUUUGGGAAUCUGUGCCGGUAAGCUGGAGCAAAUGUUAUAAUUUAUUUUCAGUGUUUUGAAAAUCUAUAGAAGUUUCCUUGAUUAACCGUCAUUUGCGAAAAAGCAAAUUCUUUAACUGAAAAUUUCAAUGCUAAGUGGAUCAGAAAUGUAAAAGUAUGAUUUGAGUUGGGGUUUACUGUACCCUUGGCAUGGAUCUUUGGCACGGUGGGAAAACGUGGAUGCAAAGACGGGGUUAAGAAGGAGUGUAACUUUAGGAGAGAUUUAGAAAGCUAUUUGGAAGUCCAUCCUGUUCUCUGGUGGCUAGGAAGACAUUGGAAUGAGAGGUUUGCGUUAGUGGAAAAGCCUUCUCUGAACGCCAGACUUUGGCAAUUGCAGAUUUGCACACUUUGCUGUGUGAAGCUCCAAGGUUGGAAACGAUGAAUGAAUUAUACACAUUCAUGAGUCAAGGGGGAGCAGAGUGGUCAAACAGAAAAGUCCAGAUCGUCUUGAAAAGACAAGAUGAUGCUCAGAAAGGACGCUGAUGAGGUUUGGGGAGACCUGAAAGGAAUCGUCACAGGGAAGUCGUUUAACCUGGAUUUGAGCGCAGCGGCAUCUUAGAGGCCGUCUUAGAUAUUGAGGGGCGUCAGGUCUCCAGAGUCAAAGCUCUGUUCAUCCAAGAUUGUGAACAGUAUCCUUGCUGAUGUAUCUCCAAGGAUAUAGAGAGGCAAGAGGGGCGUGCAAUAGGAAUCUGGUGCCUUGAAUGAAUUCUGGGAUUAAAAAAUAUUAUUCUGUUUCUGA